AUGUCCCGCUUUAAGGCCGAACUCUACCCUCGCCAUGCUAGCUACGCCGACAGACUAUCGUUGCGUAUUUUGUGGGCGACUGCCUGUAUUGUUCGAUUUGGCACCAUCACCCGCGACUUGCCAUCUAUGUACUCAUUUGACCAGCCGAUUCGCAGUGGAUUGGGAAGCAUUCACCCUGCGGGAAUACAUAAGAAGUCAAAGCUGCAACUACUUUGGACUGAAACCUGCUUCAUGUCCACUCGACCAGGGAAGAAUGUUCGCCGACGUCCGCUCAAGUCUACAUAUUCAUCGGCCAAUCCUACGCCAACAGCGUCGACAUCGGGGCCCUCUAAUCAACCUCUUCCUGCACGAUCCCAAUCGAAUCCGACCGCCGCUUCCGCGAAUGCCCCUCCCCAGGAAGAUCUAGGAAGCACUCUCGAGGAUUUCUUCCAAUAUGCAAGCAUGCCCCACUUCCAAAUUGAUCGCCCACCGAGCCCCAGCAAACAGACUACUCACACCACUUCGAAGAGAACUCGGGAACCAAGGUUUUUCGAUAUGCAUCUGCACAAGUCACUGCGCCUGAAGAAAAUCGUUUUUCUGGAGAGGCUGCCGCAAGCCUUAGACGAACUCUGUGACACCAUGGCUACAUCUUCGUCGUAUGAGAUCAGCCGGAGUAUUCUCCCUCCUCCUGGUUUCGAAUUUGUCAACGAGGAGUCUCUAGUCAGGUACUAUCAGACGCAAAGAAGCCCUUUGUAUGCUGAGGUGGCAUCUCAGCUUGUGUUCGGCAUCGGUGGGGAAGGAGGAACUAUCUUCAAUUGGUACGAUACCCAGAAUAACGAGAACACAAAGCACAAUGAAGCGCUGGCUGACGGCUUCCUAUGUCUCGACAUUGGGGAGAGGAGGGAGAUAGCUGACAAACACAAGCGUUCCAUCGACUUGUUGUCUCAUCACGGACUCUCACAUCUAGCGAUCUGGGAGUUCAAAAAUCUUGCUUGCGGACCUGGUAUUAUGGCCCAGGUCCCCAACCUCGCUAGCGACUUCACCUGGACAGCCUGCCAAGAAAGAACGGACGACGACGAAACCUCGACUUGUUGCAGUGCGGCCUUGAUCAAUCACAGAACCAAUGGAAGACGGACAGUGACGGGAAGACCUCCCGGACCUGACGCCCAAAAUCAAUCGAUCCUAGAUAGAGCUAUCCAUCUUACAGAGCGGAAACGACACCACGACAGCAUGGAAGGUUCGGAAGCAAAGCGCGCGCGUUUGUCCGACGAGGAUGCUUCACCAAAGCGGGCAGCAGAAUUGGAGGAUGAAAUAGGGCUGCUCGAGGCUGUUCUGGAGGCCCGCCAGACGGCAGCUCGUGUACCCUCCGAAUUCACAACCAAGGAAGAACAAGACAAUUAUGGAAAAGCUCAUGACGUUCUGCAACAGGGAUGGACCGAGGCUGUGGUAGACGAUGUGACGUAUAUCGUGUUUUCCUCCGGAAAUGAAGAAUACAUCGGAUACCGACAACGAGAGUCUCAGACUUUGUAUCUGUCCGCCCUCAUCAUUCCAUCCCGGGCCACUCGUCCAGCCCACGGCAAGCUCCAUGUUGGCCUUUACAUCGCGGCCUUCCAAGACGCGCUUGAUCGUGCUCGCCAGAUGCAAAUCCUUGAGGAGGCUCAAUUGUCUCCUACAGCGUCAAGUCUAGUUCUCGACAAGGGCCCAUUGGUCAUUAAGAAAACCUCUGUUGAUCAAGAACUUGAUAAGGAACUUCUUCGUUUGUUGAAUGAAAUCUCCUCCAUCCCCCUCAGGCUUCAUAGCCACAACAUCUUUCCCAACUGUUUGAAUCCCAACACUUGGACACUUUCUCGUCACACUGAAGAUUCAGAUCAGGCCAGGACUGGCACUCAUCCCGAACUUUUCAUUGACCUCGAUCACAAAAUCAGCGACAAAGUUUUCGUUACUUUUCUCGGACGAUCCACCCCAGUUGAUAGCCCCCUGCAAGAAUAUUAUUCAAAGCAGUUCAUUCUCAAGGUCGCAUGUUUCAAGGCGGAUAUUGCAGCCCUUCAAGUGGAAUAUCAAAACUACGCGAAACUCUCCCAACACGACAUAACAUGCAUCCAGAAACCCCACGGCUUGUUUUCGUCGCAAAUCAGGCCAGGUAAAGUUGUCUGGCUUCUUCUGAUGGACAACGGAGGAAAAUCACUUGCUAUGCGCAAGAAUGGGAAGGCGAAGUUCAAUUCCCAUAUUGGUGCCCAUGAGUAUGUAGACGGUGGGGCCUCGUUGCCUGCAAUCAUCUAA